AGGAGAAGAGACAGGGACAUUGUCACGUCUGCCUCAGUCUUCUCGAUGGGACCUGCUGAGAAACUAAUGCAGAAAAGAGAGUCGAUGGGAGGGACUUUUGGGAGUUUCUCGCGGUCGGAGAGGUCAGAGAGGUCAGAGAGCUCAGCGAAAACGAAGAGAGAGGAACCAGACAACAGAUAUCAUCUCCAUUACUCUGACGAAGAUGAGGGGGUGGAAGAGAGAGGGGGUGUGGCGUCGGCCGAGGGAGGUCACAUGAUGUUCAGAGACUCCAAACUGCCACCAAUUCAGCUGCCCCUGGACUACUCUGUCCAUUCCAGACGCACGGCUGUCACCACUAAGAACAAGAUAGUCAAGCAGGGGGUGGAGGAAGAUGCCAGUGGACCGCCAACAUGUCGUGUAAAACUGGUAAAACCAGUUAGUGAACCUGGAGCCGCCAGUACCCAAUCCCAGCCAGAGAGAAUGACAGCUGCAAAACUCUUCACUCCUUCAGAAGUAUAUACUACAUACAUACAUACAGGCACAAACUGAGCAUAGUUCCCAAUCAUUAUAUUCCCAGGGUUCAAAAGGACAGUUCCUCUUCUUCCAGCUGCCCGACUGCCUCCCUCUUGAGAGAAGCGACGUUGCUAUGGAUACCAGUGAGGCCCCGCCCAUCCAAUCAACAGCAGCGUCGUCUGCUACAACUCCCGCUGAAAAGAGAGAUGACGAGGUUUUUGCUCGCUAUAUACCAUGUUUUGCCGGUCCAUCUUUAUCCCACAGGCCCUACCAAGUCUUAGGGAUCUUCCUGAUGGACAUAUUGGUAAAAUCAGAGUGCAUGAGUCAGGCAAAGUCAAGUAAGUAUUGUUACAUGCAUCUCAUUAAUACUAGGUUGAAAUUUGAACAAGUACAAUUUUCGCCAGGGGUUUGAAAGCAAUUUGCAAUUAUCAGCAGGGUCCAGGGGCAAAAGGUUUUAGCUAGCUCAAACAUUGUCAAAGUUAUCUCCCGUGUCAUCAAACUCUUUUUAUUGCCUCUCAUUUCAGGCUUGUUUUAGGUGAUAACACGUUGGACGUGACCAUGGGAACACCGACUGGUUUCCUCCAAGAGCUGGUCAGUAUUCGGACGACGCAGGGAGGGGAGGAGGGAGAUGGAGGGGAACCUCGUAUGACCGUCCUUGGCCAGCUAGCCCACCGCCUCAUCUCUACUCCUGAUUUCGAGUCACUUCUCAUUAGUAAUAGCAGGGUGUCUGCUGCCGCCACUAAUAACUGCUAUGAUUCAUCAGCUUCAUCUGAUCAACAGUCCAGAUAGCAUUCAAUCUUAAUCUGGUGUCCCUAUGUCUCAUAGCUG